AGUGUGAACAAAACAACAGUACGACUUGGCUUGUGAUAGGAUUUAUGAAUUUUUGGUUGAAGGUCCUUCCUUCAAACUCUACCCUAGAGAUGAAGAUCGUCACGAACAGGUUUAAGAUGUUGCUCUACCACAAAUUGGGGUUUUUGUUUUGUGAGAGUUGUUUGAAUAUAAUUAACGCACUAUGGUCGUUCAUUUUAUUAGCCGACCCGUGUCCGACUGUCACACUGAUAAAAGGAGUAUGGGGUAUCCCCAUAACCGUGCUCCUUCUACCUUGGCCUUGUUUCCCCGAGAGAUAGAGAGAGAGAAAGCCCUGGAAAUGCAAACUUAAACUUGAUCCACACAAACAGGCCGCCCGGUGGCGUUAAACAAAUAAACAUAAAAAAGUACCCCCCCAUUCUAUGGCGGGGAAUUCCCACCGCGGCCGACAGUACAACCACACACGCAACUUGAUCGUCAUCGAUCGGUCCUUCCCGCAGUACUUCCACGGUAGCGUCUUACGUCCGGGCGUCCUACGGGCGGGAGGAGAUUAACCGCUACUGGGCGCAGGCACAGCUUCUUGGCCUCUCCCCACAUUGCUGCUGCGAUUACAAUCCGCGUAGUGUGCAUGUGAUCGUAAGAACGUAAACUCUAUGCGAUCCGCGAUCGCGCACGUAUAUUGGUGGGAUUCCUGAGCCCCUCAGCGGUUUCGCCUGCUGGCUUUUGGAAUAUUGGUGAGUCUAUUAUCAAGCCACGCAACCGGUCCCUGUCUGUGUGCGCUCAGUAGGGCAGACCACCGCCGGCAAAAGUGUGGGUUUUGAUAAUCUUGCGGGUAUUUUUUGCGUGUGUGUCGGAUUAAAAUUCUGCGUACCACCAGCCAGUGCCGUGAGGCCGUAAAGCCGCGUUCGGAAGUUAGUUGUACGGUACACAAUGAGGUGGUUAGUUUGUUUGAUCGUGUCCUGGUGCUCGCUGGUGCCGUUGGGGGCUACCGUAGGUCAGUCGCUCAACAGUGGCGAUUCGUGCCAAACACCGUCCGGCACGGCCGGGACCUGUGAGCCUGUGAAAAACUGUUCGUACGUGCGGAAGAUUCUCAAGAGUCCGGACUUUUCGCACUACGACACGACCUAUCUGGAUACGCUCAAGUGUGGCGAUUUGAUGGUGCCUAUGCGCAAAAAGCCAAUUCCACUGCUGUGCUGUCCAAAGUUUAGCAAUUCACCUACGUGCGGCGCUCAGCAGCUGGCGGAUCGGAUCUACUUCGGCGAGGAAACGGAGCGUGGCGCACAUCCUUGGGCAGCGCUGCUGUUUUACAAUGUCGGCCGGAAUCGAACCGUGCCCAAGUGCGGUGGUGCGCUCAUUUCCGAGCGAUACGUGAUAACGGCUGCACACUGCACCGUGGACAAACCAAACUGGAAGCUGCUUUACGUGCGGUUCAACGAGUUCAACACAAGCAGUGCGGAUAAUUGCACCACGGAGAACGAUGAGGUCAUCUGCCGGGAGGAUUACGCGGUGGAAUCGAUCGUACCGCACCCCGAGUACGACAUGCACAACAUUUCCCGUCCGAACGAUAUCUGUAUCCUGCGGCUCGCCAGCGAUGUCACGUUCAAUGACUACGUGCGGCCAAUUUGUUUGCCCUUCGAUCCGGACGUUCAGCAGCUCCCGAUUGUGGAUGAAAUCUUCACCGUCACCGGUUGGGGUGAAACCGAAGACCGAAGACCCAGCGAUACACAGAAGCACGUGGAGCUGCCCGGGCUGGAGCACGAGGCGUGCAAUUCGGUGUACGCGGUGGCCAACGUAACCCUGUCGGACAAGCAGCUGUGCAUCGGUGGGCUAAAUGGUUCCGAUUCCUGCCGGGGAGACUCCGGUGGACCGCUGAUGCGGGAAGUUCGCGGUGGUUGGUUUCUAAUAGGUGUCGUUAGCUUCGGGGCCCGGUUUUGCGGCACGCAGAACUUGCCGGGAGUGUACACGAAUGUGGCGAAAUAUUUAGACUGGAUGGAGACGGUUAUGUUUGUGGAGCGAUAUUUGUAAACCGUGAUAGGCAAUAAAGUAUGAUAUGCUUUCUACUAUGUG